AUGGGGUUCCUUUCGUAUUGUGUAAAGAUGAUGAAAGAUGCCCAAAGUGGAAUUUGCAACAAGCAUGGCUCUGAGCCAGCAAAGCUAAAACCAGAGGACAAAGCCAUCGAAGUAAAGCAAGUGGCAGCAGCAGUCCAGCCAGUGGUCCUAGCAGCCCAGCCAGUAGUCGAAGCAGCCCACGAAGUCAAGGUAGUCCAAGAGCAGCCCGCAAUGCUAGGGACUGAAGCCCUCAAGGAAGCCCGCGUCAACACCAAGCCUCUGCGAGAAGUGGUGGUAGUCCACGGCAGGGCGGUAGCAGCCCACGACAUGGUGGCCAAACAACUGCAAGAAGGUGUCCCUCCACGAGCAGCGGAGGCGGUGCCGCAGGCUGUGAGUGUCUUCAUUCGCAAUGUCACCAUGUCAGCGUCGGACAUAGAGAAAUGCUGCAACGCCACAGAAAGGUUUCUUUGCCAGAAAACAUCCAAUGGCACUUGCGGUAUCCCUGCCGUGCUGCAGCCAAGUUUGGAAGAUUAG